AAAAAAAAAAAUUACCACCUCUUGUGGCAUAGGAGAAGGCAUGGGAUUGCGCCCCAACACCGUUGAAUAUUGGUUCAGCCACUUUGAAAACCGUCGGGACAGCUGAUCGAAAAGAGAAAAUUGUUUAGGACGCGCAAUGGCGCCGACCUGAUGAAAUAAAAACGGCAUCCUUGGCCGGGCAAGUCCGAACUCUCCUUCCCUCGCCUCCAGCCCAUACUUUCUCCUUUGCCGGCAAGGCCUCUAUAAACGAUCAGCGACGCUUGCGGAACGUUGUCAGAGGCAGUCCAUCACCUCCAAUCGAAUCCAACUGCAGCGUGACGUGAAUCCAUUCAGGGAUCUCGACCUGCAGCUUGUCUUUCCACCCCCACCUGUCCUGUGCUCUCCCUCACUCCAGAUUUUCUCAAAAGCCAGGACACAUUUCAUUUCAAUUCUCUUUUCCACAACCGAUUCGAAAGGCGAGCGCACAUUCGAACCCUACAAUCAUGUCUGGCAUUUCAAAGGCGAUCCCGUCGCACCUGAAGCCCGGCGGGGCCAAGGACGCAAAUGGCGAUGCUGAGUUCUCCAAGCGUCACCACGGCAAAACCCAAUCGCAUGUGGCUUUCGAGAACACGUCUACCAAUAUCGCGGCCUCGCAAAUGCGCAAUGCCCUCAACAACCUCAUAGAUACUGUGAAAGAGCCAAGCGAGAAGAAGCGAUUUGAGGCGGAAAUGGACAACUUCUUCGCGCUGUUCCGUCGCUACCUUACCGACAAGGCCAAAGGUAAUGUGAUCGACUGGAACCGUAUUGCUCCACCCAAGGAGGGUCAAGUUGUCGAAUAUGCCGAUCUUCCAAACACCGAGGCCGUGGACUACCUCAAGCGCUUGGCCGUGGUUAAGCUGAACGGCGGUCUUGGUACCUCCAUGGGCUGCGUCGGUCCAAAGUCAGUUAUUGAAGUUCGCGAUGGCAUGUCCUUCUUGGACCUGUCUGUCCGACAGAUCGAGUAUCUCAACCGUACAUAUGAUGUAAAUGUGCCUUUCGUGCUCAUGAAUUCGUUCAACACGGAUGCCGAUACGGCAAACAUCAUCAAGAAGUACGAGGGCCACAACAUUGACAUCAUGACCUUCAACCAAUCCAAGUAUCCCCGCAUCCUCAAGGAUUCUCUGCUGCCGGCGCCAAAGAGCUACGACUCGCCGAUUUCAGACUGGUACCCCCCAGGCCAUGGUGACGUGUUCGAGUCCAUGUACAACUCCGGCAUCCUCGACAAGCUCAUCGAUCGGGGCAUCGACAUCAUCUUCCUGUCGAACGCAGACAAUCUGGGUGCCGUUGUCGACCUCCGCAUCCUGCAGCACAUGGUUGACACCAAGGCUGAGUACAUCAUGGAGUUGACGGACAAGACCAAGGCGGACGUGAAAGGUGGUACCAUCAUCGAUUACGAAGGCCAGCCCCGUCUGCUCGAAAUCGCCCAGGUGCCCAAGGAGCAUGUCAACGAGUUCAAGUCGAUCAAGAAGUUCAAGUACUUCAACACGAACAACAUCUGGAUGAACCUUCAUGCGGUCAAGCGCGUGGUCGAGAACAACGAGCUUGCCAUGGAGAUCAUCCCUAACGGCAAGUCCAUCCCGGCGGACAAGAAGGGCGAGGCCGACGUCUCUGUCCUUCAGCUCGAGACGGCGGUGGGUGCGGCCAUCCGCCACUUCAACAACGCGCACGGCGUCAACGUACCACGACGCCGCUUCUUGCCCGUCAAGACGUGCUCGGACCUCAUGCUCGUCAAGUCCAACCUGUACAGGCUUGAGCACGGCCAACUGGUCAUCGACCCGAACCGCUUUGGACCCGCGCCACUGAUCAAGCUUGGCAGCGACUUCAAGAAGGUGUCCAGCUUCCAGGCUCGCAUUCCAAGCAUCCCCAACAUUGUCGAGCUUGACCAUCUGACCAUCACCGGCGCGGUCAACUUGGGACGCGGCGUCACGCUCAAGGGCACGGUCAUUAUUGUUGCGACGGAGGGUAGCACCAUCGACAUUCCGCCAGGCUCCAUCUUGGAGAAUGUGGUCGUGCAGGGCAGCUUGAGACUUCUCGAGCACUAGGCGGCUGCGUCGGAUCGCUUUGCAUGCAGUGCGGCAGAUGUACGAGCCUUUUUAAAGCAAGACGACAUAUUGUAGUGACCUUUUUUUUUUAUUUAAAAAUUAACGUCGUAAUUGCAGCGGAUUCCAACAAAAUCGCACCCCCCCCCCCCCCCCCCCUCAA